AUGGCCACAUCAACCACUACUGACACACUUUCCAUUAACCUUAUGUCCUCAUUUGGCCCAAUGCUUAUUGGUGUAUUAUUCUCAUGUGCACUAUGGGGUAUUACAUGUGUGCAAUUUUAUGAUGCAGACUCUGUAUGGUUGAAAGGUUUUGUGAUGAUUAUGUGGUACAUAUAUUGCAACAUUGGCUUAUGUUGUUUUGAUAUUGACAGUGUGGCCAAUACUUAUAUUACACUGGGGGGAUGUGGAAAGAUUGGUUGGUCCUGGACAACCAUAUUUACCCAUCGUACAUGGAUUGUUUCCAUUGUGGAUGUUGUUGGAGGCAGGAAAUGGACAGGUAUCUUUGCAUUGGAGGAUCAAUUCGGACUUGCAAACAAGAGCUUUUCUGAGCUGUCUUCUGCAGAGAUGAUUGGUAUACAAAUUGCAGUCCGUGCAGUUGGUGCUGCAAUUGACAUCACUGUGACCAUAUGUCUUAUAUAUAUACUCAUGCAACAUAGACAUGCUGAGCUUAUAUUCUCCAAUAAACUCAUUUAUCACCUCAUUAUUCUUGCCAUCAAUACUGGAUUGUGGACUGCAAUUGUGGCCACAGUAGACUUUGCAAUGCUGGCUUCUAAUCCGAGUUCUCUCAAGUACACACCUUUUGAGUUUUCGCUCAGCUCACUUUACAUCAAUGCUCUUCUUGCAAAUCUGAAUGCCAGGAAGUACUUACGGCACGGUGGCAUUGCUCCCAUGAAUGGAUUCAUUGAAGAUGGUGUAAUUGCUAUGCAACCUAUGAGCACGGGUCAUACUAAUUCAUUCAGAACAGAGGAAACCCAUGAUACCUCUGUACCUAUUAAGGUUGCAACAUCCAGAGUUGUCGAGAUACCACACAAUCAGACUAAUCCUGAAGAGCUUUCGAAGAGGUACCUUUGA